AUGGCGCUGGUCAACAUCACCGUCGGGGACCUCUUCAGCCCGCGGGAGAGGGGCGCGUAUUUCGGCGCCGUCGGUGCGGUUUGGGGCCUUGCCAGCGGAAUCGGACCGCUCAUCGGCGGCGGGCUGACGGAGAAUGUUUCGUGGCGGUGGUGCUUUUGGAUCAACCUGCCCAUCUCGGGCGCGUCGCUGCUCAUCCUAGUCUUCUUUUUGCGCAUACACACUCCCAAGACGCCGCUUCUCAAGGGCCUGGCGGCCAUUGACUGGCUCGGCACGCUCACCUUCACCGGAGCGACGUUGAUGCUCCUCCUCGGGCUGCAGUUUGGCGGGCUACGGAACCCCUGGGACUCGCCCACCGUCAUCUGCCUCGUCGUCUUCGGCUGCGCGACCUACGCCGUCUUCGCCUUCGUCGAGCGCUUCGCAAAGUACCCGCUCAUGCCGGCCUCGCUGUUCCGCGACGCGUCGGUCGUCUUCUGCUACGUGGCCAACUUCUGCCACGGGCUCGGGUUCGCGGCGAUUGCGUUUUUCUUACCGCUCUACUUCCAGGCGGUGCUGGGCGCCAGCCCGAUCCAGUCGGGCGUGUGGCUUCUCGCGACGGCGCUGCCGCUGGCGGUCUGCACUAUCGGCGUCGGGGUGACGAUCAAGAAGACGGGGCGGUACGUUGAGAUUGUGCGGGUGUCGAUGGCGCUGACGGCGAUUGCGUUUGGGUUGUUUGUGACGUUGCCCGCUGGAAGGGACUGGCCGCGGUUGAUCCUCUUCCAGGUGCUCGCGGCCCUGGGGAUUUCGCCGAAUCUGCAGGCGUUGCUUAUUGCGUUGCAGGCUCUGGUGAGGCAGGCGGAUGUGGCGACGGGGACGGCGACGUUUGCGUUUGUGAGGCAUAUUGCGCUGGGGAUUGGGGUGGUCGUCGGGCAGGUUAUUUUCCAGAGCGUCGUGGGACGGCAUGAGGGCCGGUUGUUGGCGGCGGGCGUGCCGGCCGAGGUUGCUGCCAAGUUUGGGAGGGGAGGGACGAUUGCGGCGGCGGCGCGCGGGGUGAUGGAGGGGUUGGGUGAGGGGCAGAGGGCGGUUGUGAGGCUUGCGGUGACGGAUGGGUUGAGUAAGAUUUGGAUCUUCUUUUGCGUCAUGUCUGGUGUCGGGUUUGUUGCUACGUUCUUCAUAAGGCAGGUUGAGUUGAGUGAGAUGCAUACUGAGACGAAGACUGGGUUGGAUGAAGGGGGUGAGGUUGAAGAGAGUAAAGGGGGAGGGAGGACGAGGGAACGCGAUGAGCCGGUUUGAAGCCUGGAUAUGAGAUAUUGUUGAUAUCAGAAUGGAUGAGCAUUGUAGAAAUACG